GUCCCUGCGCCUGCGCACUCGAAAGGGGAUAUUUUUGUAGAUAUGUCUGGCUCUGGCUUUUAAUGGUUAUAUUUAAGUGUUUUCGUGUUUGAGUGAGUGUGACCCUCCGCGGCCCAGCCUUAUGGAGAACCCGAGAGACCUGGUGGAGCGUCCGUCCAGGAAGCGCUGUGACUCCUUCGGACUGCUGGACGGUCUGGAGGAGGACCGCAGCAGCUGCAGCUCCGAGUCCAGCGGGGGCAGCGGAGGCUCCAGCCCCGAGGACAGCGAGGAUGAAGAUUACGGAAUAGGGGGAGGAGGGGGGACUCACCUCACCUCCUCCUCCAACUCCUCCCUGACCCUCAUUAAGACAAACGGACAGGUGUACACAUACCCUGACGGAAAGGCUGGCAUGGCGACCUGUGAGAUGUGUGGCAUGGUGGGGGUCAGAGAUGCUUUCUACAGUAAAACCAAACGUUUCUGCAGCGUCUCCUGUUCCAGAAGUUUCUCUUCCAACUCCAAGAAGGCCAGCAUCCUCGCCCGACUUCAGGGGAAGCCUCCCACUAAGAAGGCCAAAGUUCUGCAGAAACAGCCUCUGAUGAGUAAACUGGCUGCGUACGCUCAGCAUCAGACUCACCAUCAGGGCGGAGUCAAGAAGAGCGUCACUCUGGACAUGUUCAACUGGGGUCGUUACCUGGGAGACGGAGACGUGAUGGGAGCACCAGUUAACUGCUUCAAACAUGUUCCCAUGGGGACGUCGUGGGGCGGCAUCAGUGAAGGCGUGCGGAUUGAAGUCCCAAACACUGACAGCGGUCUGCCGUUGAAGGUUUACUGGAUUGCUGGAAUCAUCAAACUGGCUGGUUUUAAAGCUUUGCUGCGGUACGAGGGAUUCGACAGCGACUCCACCAGAGACUUCUGGUUGAACCUGUGUGUGCCGGACAUCCACCCUGUGGGCUGGUGUGCUGCAGGGGGCAAACCUCUGGUCCCCCCCCAGACCAUUCUGCACAGAUUCACAAACUGGAAGACGUUUCUGGUCAAAAGACUGACGGGAUCCAAAACGCUGCCGCCAGACUUCGCUUCCAAGGUGCAGGAGAGCAUGCAGGUCCCCUUUAAGAAGCAGAUGAGGGUGGAGGUGGUGGAUAAAACUCACCUGUGCAGGACGCGGGUCGCUUUAGUGGAACAGGUGAUUGGCGGUCGUCUCCGCCUGGUGUACGAGGAGUGUGAAGACGGGACCGACGACUUCUGGUGCCACAUGUACAGUCCUCUGAUCCACAACAUAGGCUGGUCCCGAUCCAUCGGACACCGAUUCAAGCGGUCCGAUGUUUCCAAGAAGCUCGGCAGUUUAAUGGACGCUCCUGGACAGCUGUUUGCAAAGGUCAAGGAGGUGGACCAGAGCGGCUCCUGGUUUGAAGACGGGAUGAAGUUGGAGGCCAUCGACCCUCUCAACCUUUCUGCCAUCUGUGUGGCGACAGUGAGGAAGGUCCUAGCAGACGGAUAUCUGAUGAUCGGGAUCGAUGGCUCCGAGGCAGCUGAUGGGUCAGACUGGUUCUGUUAUCACUCCACCUCUCCUUCCAUCUUCCCCGCUGGCUUCUGUGAGAUCAACAACAUCGAGCUGACGCCUCCUAGAGGUUACAGCACUCUUCCCUUCAGGUGGUUCGAGUAUCUGAAGGAGACGAAAUCUGUGGCUGCUCCCGUCACCCUCUUCAACAAGGAUGUUCCUAAUCACGGUUUCCGUCCUGGGAUGAAGCUGGAGGCCGUGGACCUCAUGGAGCCCAGGUUGGUCUGCGUUGCCACGGUGACCCGCAUCGUACACCGGUUGCUACGGAUACACUUCGACGGCUGGGAGGACGAGUACGAUCAGUGGGUGGACUGUGAGUCACCUGACCUGUACCCUGUGGGCUGGUGUCAGCUGACCGGGUACCAGCUGCAGCCACCCGCCGUCAACGCAGGCUCAAGAGAUCUUCAGUCAGCAGCAUCCAAACAGAGGAAGAAAUCUCAGCAGUACAGAGGACAGAAGAAAAAGAGGAAGUUACCCAUAGCUAAGCGACCCGUCAGUCUCUCAGGCGCCGUGGUAACGGGCGUCCCCAGGAGCCUUUCAGGAGACGAGAAUGAGACUCCGCCUAAUUACCCAUCACCCCCAACUCCAGCCUCAGCAGCCCAGCCCCCCUCUGUGGACCCCCAGAGCAGCCCCAACACUGAGGGGGGGCCAGGUUCUCAGAUUAAAGAGGAGAACGUGGAGGGAUCAGAGUUUUCUUCAGAGAGGACUGAAACAGAAACCAACGGAUCUUCUGGAGAAUUAUUUAACAACCAGGACCAGUAGGCCUAAUCCAUCCCUUUAUCUCUCACUCUAUCCAUCAAAACCCUAAAUUUAGCCCUCCUUCAAUUCUAAAUCCAUUUCUUUCUCCUCCUCAGUAUUCAUCUCUGUGCCCGGUCAGACCAGGAAGUGGAACAGAUCCAUUUAUUCACUCAUAAAUUAACUCCCAUGAAGUUUUGAAAGCUUGAUGAUGAAGUGAGGGUUGUUUCUAAAAUUAAAGAAAUCAAGCUUUUAGACUCAUUAUAUCCCAAAUGAAAGAUUUUAUCUGAACUAACCCCUUAUGAACAAUCAUUUAAAGAUUUCAGAUUUUCAAUAAGAAAAUAAGUAUUACUCCUGUCCUGGAUACAGCCCUGAAAAGAGAUAGCUGGCUGCGCUAGUCGGGCAUGCUAGCCCACCAAGCUAGCUGGUAGCUAACUGUCAGUUAGAAAUCUGGUACCUUCUGCUUAUUUAGGAUUUGACUCCAGACAAAUUAUAUUGAAUUAUUGAAGAUGUUUCUUCAUGGGGUACAUCCACUGCAACAGAGUUAGGUAUUAAUAAACUAUGUGUAAAAGUCAACCACGGUAUACCGCUAGCAUGCUACUACCUGCCAGUUAGCAUGUGACAAACUAGUCUAGGUUUUUUGACAGUUGUUGAACAUUUCCCACCUUAUUUGUCUUUAUACAUCGUUUGCUACUUCCGUUUUAAAAGUCAGCCACAGAAACAUAUAAAGCUAGCUGCUACUGACCGCCAGUUCUAGCUAGCUAGUUCAGCGGCUAAAACGUCAAAAACCUGAUUAACCAAAACAGUUGCAUUGAAAGGGCAAAGAUUAGAGCUAUGUAAAGGAGUCUGACUAAAGCUUAACUAGCUUAAUUCUUCUCUGCAUGAUGUACCUUCACUCAAAAUAUUAUAUAACAAACAUUAUAUUUAUUUCUUACGACUCAGCUAUUUUUAAUCUGUUUAUUCAGGCCCAUAUUCUUGCUAAAAAACAUGCUAGCACCAGCUUGCCACAAUAAGUCAGCUAGCUAGCUAGUAUGUACAUUAGGCAGCUUUUAUUAUACAUAUUUAUGCAUAAAUCUCUGUUAUUUAGUAUGAACUGAAUUAUUUUAAGCAUAAAUGUGGUGUUGGUCUGACCGGGUUUCAUUCUUUAUUUUUCCAAACUUUCUCUCAUAUCCUUCCUGGACUUUCCCAAGAAUAAAACACCUUUCACACAUUUCACUGACAUGUUGUAAAAGCUGUAGUGCUACCUGAAGUAUCACUAAAAUCUCUUCUGAUUUAAAAAGGGCAAAAAAAGAAAGAACAGAAAGAGAGAAGAGUUCCACUGAAAAACAAAAAUAAGGAGAAAAGAAAACUUUUAUAUAACGUUUUUUAACAUACAUUUCUUUGUUGUUUGUAUAUGUUGAUGUUGUGUUCAAGGGUCAGAACUCUUGACGUAAUAAUAAUAAUACUGGAUGCUGUGUAAUGUCAUGUUGAGAUUAGCAGUGAUUUAAAAAAACUUGGGUGUGUUUGUGUGUUUGGCCGUGUGUGUUGACGUUUUGAUUCUGAAGAGUUAUCAGAAUGAAACAAGAAACCAGCCUAUAGGAGCCACAGCAGUCAAACUGGUUUAGUUUUUCAAAUCCUUAAUUGUAUUCAGAAGGCCAGUUUCUGCAGAUAUAAGACCAUCUGUCUUCUACAGUAAUAAUAAUAAUAUACAGUAUUGUUCCUUUACUUUCAAAUGUCAUUUAGUGGAAAUGUAUAAAACGAGCCAAAAGUGAGUGAGGUUUGGUUGAAGGUGUUUUAUCAAAAUUCUUAUCAACAUAAAAUACUCUUAAGUGUAAAAAAAACACUUUUUUUUUUCUGAAAAUCACCUCACCUCUUAAAGUUAAGAGUAGCUGCAAUAAAUAAAUAUCCCAAAUAUUGCAAUAAGAGAUUUAUCUACUGUGCAUCUGAUCAUAACGUUUAGAGGUUUUAACAUUGGUGCCAAUUCAGUUGUUGAGUUCCUGAGCAAUGUCAAAUAAUUUGACGCCUUUAUACUCUUGAUUUUACCACUUAAGACAAAAUGUCAAAGUUCUCAAAUAAAUCUAAGAUUCAUGUCUUAAAGGUCACAUAUUAUGCAAAAUACAGUUUACUAUGUUUUUUUUAACACUUAAAUGUGUCCUCAGUUUGUCUACAAACCCCCAAAUUAUGAGAAAAGUCCAUCCCCCUCGUCUUUUGCCUGCUCCACUUUUCAGAAAAUGUGUGCUCAAACAGGCCGUUUGGAGAUUUUCCCUUUGUGACAUCACAAAGGGCAGUAACCCCUCCCCCAGGUGGGUGACACUCCCACAGCUAGGUGUUUGUUCUGCCCUCUGAGUCUGCCUUCUCACCAUAAAUAAUAGGACAGGGAGCGAGAAAGCCAGAGCACGCCCAAGCCCUUCCGGAGAGGGGGCGUGGUCAGACACAGCUCAUUUACAUUUAAAGGUACAGACACAGAAACAGCCUUUUGUGAGCAGGGCUGAAAUAGAGGGGUUUAUAGACAUGAUCAAAUAAGGAUCAGAGUGGAUUUAGAACAAGACACUUCACAGACAUGUUUUUGGGAGCUCUGAAACUUAUUUAAAGUUGUUGAAAAUUAGAAUAAUAUGUGACCUUUAACAUUAAACUUAAAAGUAGUACAAUUUGUUUUAAGUCAGGAAUUAUGAUUACAUUUUAAUAGUUACUUUAAUCUCUGACCAGAGCUAGGAGCUAUGUUUUUUUUCUCUUAUCAGCUGCUUUAAAAAUGCAUCCAUUGCAGGGUGUUGGUAUAUAAAUAACAAACUUCUGUUGAUAAAUCACAAAUGUGACUUCUUGAUACCUCAAUAAAAGAGUUUGUUACUUGACGAUCUAAUGAAUCUAACAAAAAUAUCACAGAUUAUUUAAAAAAAAAACACUUAAGAGUUUAUUGUAUUAGAAAAAACUUAAGUAAUGAGGAUCAAAACAUUUUAAAAAAGAGAUACAAAAAUAACCUUUACAAAUGUAAUGUAUCAAUCCACAGAUUUAUACAGAAACUAAACUAAAUAUGUGUUUAAAAAAUAUACCACUACAACAAUAGUAUCAUACAUAAAACAUUUUAGUUAUUCAUCACUACAUUCACAACAGGAAACAAAUCUUUAUGACCUUUGUAUAGCAUCAUUUCUUUAUGUUAGAGCAGUCUUUACACAUGCCAGAACUAUAUGUUAACGUAUGCUAUUGACAAUACAUGUGAAGAUGAUUAUUGUCAGCCUGUUACACUUGGCGGACAUAUUACAAUUCUGCUCUGCGAGUAGGUUCUCCAGAAACUGUUUAGCUAAAAGAAACCAGCGUACGAGCCGGUAUGUACUCAUGAUGGAAUGUUUUGUUUCAGUUCGAUUUCUUGGCUCCGGCAGACAAAUAGUUUUAUUACCCAUCAUGGACUCGAUGGACAUUAAACAUAAUUUAAGGGCUCAUUGUGGCAAAUUCCACUUGAGAGAAGAAAUUGUCAGAGCAGCUUAAUGAUGCUAAUGUGUGAAAAUUAGGGCUGUCAAACGAGUUCAAUUUCUAAUUGUAAUUAGUCACUGACUUUUUUUGAUUGAAUGUUUGAAAUGUCAUUAUAUUGCAUUUCUAAUCUGUUUUUUGUUAUGCUUUUAUUAUCCAUUUUUGUACUGUCUUAAGCAAAGGGUGCUUUACUUCCUGUUCUUGAUUCAAACCUGCUUUUAUUUUGAAAGAAACUAAGGAAGUUCCAGUAGAUCGUAGGCUAUAACAUCAACUCAACCACGUAAAAAUUAACGGGGAAAGAGAGGCGGAGCUUAUGACCUAUACUGCAGCCCGUCACACGGGGGGAGCUUUAAAUGUUUUGGCUUCUCUUUUGGGGAACUGUCCUGUUGUCCAUAUUUUUAUUCAGUCUUUGGAUCCCACAAAAUCCAAGCAUGUGUUUAAGGCCUUCAUAGUAUUACACUUUUUUUUAGUUGCAUUUCCAACACAAAAAAAGUAAUGACAAAAACGCACAACUAAAGUGUUAUAGGGCUCAAAGUGUAUAACAAAAAGGACUUGUGUGUGUGUGUAUGUGUGUGUGUGUGUGUGUUUAAAGUCAAGAGUGUGUGUGCAUGCAUCAGUCUAAGCAGUUUGCACACUAAUCUACUAGCUGUAGUUCUUGUUACACGCACUACUGUACUGUGUGUAUGUCGUCUGUCUGUGCUUGUCGUCUUUUUGUACGUGAAUGUCUCAAAGUCUUUUUUGUAUCAUGGUGCUAUCUAUUCAUGAAUCACAUUUGAUACAAUUUGAUGGGAUUAUUUUGACAGAUUGUUUGUGUCUCUGGUGAAGAAGUUGUAUUUUGGACAAAGAUUUUUGUUUAUGAAAAAAAAAUUGUGUUUAAGGUUUAAACCCGCUCAGUUUAAGGAAUAGUGAGCGCUGUCAUUGGAGUGAUUGAUUUCAAUUCUCCCCUAUUCUAUGAUCCUCUUUGUCAGUUUGUGAAGUUGUAUUAGUAUGUUAAGCAUAGGAACAAGGACUCAGUGGUUUUCAUAGGUUUUCUGUUGGGUGUACAGUGACUUACCGAUGUGGCAGUAUUUUCAAAAUACGUUUUUUUUAAGAGUCUGGAGAACGAGACCAGCUGUGGUUGCUUUUCAGUUUUUAAACUUGUAAUCUCAAGUUAGCACGGGCCAUAACUGAAAACAUAUGUUCACUAUAAGGAGUUUAUUAGAUAUGAAAGUGUACGCAUUUGGGAAUACCUCGCGAUACAAUUAAAAAUAAAUACAAGUAAGGGAAAAUUCAAAUCGAUGAGACAAAAAAUAUAUUAGGACACUCUUUUUCAUCAGCAGAGGGCGCUAUCGGCUGUUGGCUUCUUUUGUUUGACAUCAGUAGCUGAAGAAGAGAGGCGUUUAGACAGGGUGGAAGUAAAGAAGAUAGGUAAAGAAUACGUAUUGUUUCAAAGCGAGGUGUGAGAAGACAUUUUUGCAUCUCAUUCAAGGCUGAAUUUAAAGCAUCAGUUUUUUUACCUGAUUAGCUUGACUAUAAUUUAGGCUUCAUUUGAGUCCUGAUUUGAUUGAUUUGUGCCAAACCAGCAUUUUGUCCUCUUAAAUUACAAAACGAAUUUGAGUCAUGAUUAUCGAGUAUUGAGUCUCUCCCGGCUGAUUCUUGAACCUGAAGAAUUACGAGCAACCAUUGCGACUCUCAAGCUCUACGGCUGUUAGACAUCGGCAGCACUUUUUUUUUAUUUUGUCUUCUUUUGACGCUCUUUUUUUUAAAACAGGCAAAUAAUCAAGCCUCUGUCUUGUGCUUACUUGUUGUAAAUGUAAAUGUAGACUUUGCAGUACUUCACAUGUAGCCUUCAAAUCCUGCAAAACAGAGCCGACGAAAAGAAAACCAGAAAAAAGAACCUUCACUAAGCUAAAGUUUGCAGAGACGGUCAAGUUUGAUUGAUUUAUUCUUUAAAUACACGUGGCAUUGGAUAAACAAUUUCGAAUUUGAAUCUCUCUGUGUCUGUUAAUGUCCACUUGGUCCACAUGUCCGUGCUGUGAACAUGAAGUUUACUGAGCUCUUAUUAAAAAAGACAAAUGUUUUUUUAAAGUCUAUGUAUGAUACAAAAAAACAAUCUAUACUGGAAGUGUAUGACAAAAGAAAUGUAAUGUACUUAUGUUAACUUUCAUGGAACUUUUGUAAAACAUUGUGCAAUUUUUGGCAGCAUGAUUGUGAAGAAAUUAUUACAUUUAGAUGACUCACUUUACAUUUUUAUGCAAUAAAAAGUUAUGAGAAAAAAAAAGCGCUUUCUGUUCUUUCCCUGUAAAUGUUCUCCACAUUCUUGCCGAUUGCAAAUAUUCUCGAUCUUUUUCGUUUUUAGUACAGUUGCCAGCGGUUGUGGUAGAUUUUUGCUUUUGGGGGCUAAUCUGAUCCUCCUGAAAUGUGGUCCUUAUAUAGAAAAGACCUUAAGAGUGAAAAGUUAUCUAAAGCAUGUGCCAAACUCAAAGGGCGUGGCCAGGGCGGGUCACCGAAUUUGAUGUCUAACCAUGAAACAGGAAGCUGCUGUAACUCAAAGCAAACACAGCUUCAUGUAUUUUAAGAAAGUUACCCUCUAUGCAUCUACAUGCCAAUAGUCUAAAACAAAUGACAGUUCACAACCCUCUUGACUGUUCUGUCAGAUAAAGACGCUGCGACUGCAGGUACAGGUACUGUAUCGAGGGUUGCGCUUUUGGAAGCAAUAAUCCAUGUCUCCAGAGUGAGUAUUUGAACGUUUAGGUACAACACUGUACAUGGCAUCGCAUUGGCCUAACUUUUUAGACCCUGUGGUGACACAGAGUCAGGGCAAACUUUACAGCUUCUACAUUUCUGCAUGUUAGCCUGUAGGUCACAUAGCUGCUAGCAUUACUGCAAACUACGGGCUGAUAACAGAACAUAUUAAAAACGUUCAAAUGAAACGGAUACAGAAAGUGUGAAAGUUUUUGUUAACAUUUAGACUUUAUUGACAAGUGCUACAUGUUUGGGAUUGAUGAAUGAAGACCAAGUUAGAGGAUCAACUGCGGGGACGACAGGUGGGACGGGGGCGGGGUCAGUGGGGUGGAUGAGGUCCAGUUGGGGGUCAUUUACUGCUUUUUGGUUGGCAGGUUUACUCGUACAGCCAGGGCUGGGCGCAGGAAGCGUAGGCGACGAACUCCUCUGCCUUGAACCACAGUGCGACCUCCU